AUGACUAUCGGUGCGAUCGCGAGAUCAAAAGCCACCACCAAAGAAACCGAAAACGAGGACUUUGAAGAGCUCAGAAAGUGCAGGGAUGACGUGGCCAAGCAGCUGGGGUUGGAUGCUGACAAACUAGAGUUGAGCAUGGGUAUGAGUUCAGACUUUGAGGCUGCCAUCAGACAAGGGAGUACCGAGGUCAGAGUCGGUACUACCAUUUUUGGCGAGAGGCCUGCUAGAGGUGACGCCAAAGUAAAGGAGGACACUACAGAGGAGAAGAAGUAG